AUGCAGCGAUCCUUCAGCGUGAUGUCAACAGGUCAGUGGAUCCUGAACGAGAAUGUUGUGAUGAAUUUUAGAAUUGAAUGUAAUAUCACUCCACUUUUUUUGCAGUUUAGAUUGAUUAAAGCUGAUAAGGAACAAUAUGAUCGAGAAGAAAGACCAGAAGCACAGCAAGAAAUUCUCAGAAGAGCUGCCAAGGAUUUGCCUGUUUAUACCAGAACAGCAAAUGGAGCCAUCAGGUAUUGUGAUCGCUGUCAAGUAAUUAAACCUGACCGAUGUCAUCACUGCUCUGCCUGUGACAUGUGUGUAUUAAAAAUGGAUCAUCAUUGUCCUUGGGUGAAUAAUUGUGUGGGAUUUUCGAACUACAAAUAUUUUAUGCUUUUUUUGGCAUAUUCUUUGUUAUAUUGUUUAUUCAUUGCGGCAACUGUGCUUCAGUACUUCAUCAAGUUUUGGACAGGUGACCUGCCUGAUACUCAUGCAAAAUUCCAUGUCUUGUUUCUUUUCUUUGUGGCGGCCAUGUUCUUCAUCAGUCUACUAUCACUCUUCAGUUAUCACUGCUGGCUAGUCAGCAAAAAUAGGUCAACAAUAGAGGCUUUCCGUGCACCAGUGUUCCGAAAUGGCCCUGACAAGAAUGGAUUUAGCUUGGGAUUUACCAAAAAUUUAAAACAGGUGUAUGGAGACCAAGGGAAGUACUGGCUUCUUCCGAUUUUUACAAGCCUCGGUGAUGGAUGUUCUUAUCCAACUCGCCUGGUCAGUCAAGAUCCAGAGCAGCCCAACUCAAUCAACCAUACUGAACCUGCCAAAAACAAUGCUGAUGGACAGACACUUCCUCCAAGACCGUUGAGCGAAUCUCAAAACCGAUUGUUAGGAGGCACUGAUCAGCACUGGAUAGAUGAGGAAUCAGAUGAAGAAAGUUCUCAAGUUCCAAAUCAGAAUGCUGCCGUUUCAAUAGACGAGGAAUCUACUAAACACUCAACAUAAGGAAGAUAUUUCUGGUACACAAUGUUGAGACUGGAAUGCUGCUCACUUCUGCGGAAGAGGAAACUAAUAGAAGCUUGAUUUCUAAUGAUGUGAACAACUACUUGUGCAUCAGAGUUUUUGUACUUAUGGAAAGUCAUUAGCAGUAAUGUUGUGAAAGGCAAUAAUUUAAAAUUAGCGUUGCUUGUUGCCUUAAAUAACUUUAUUCAAAGGACCCACAGACACUGUGGUAAUGAUACAAAUGUAAUCGGGGUCCCAGAUUACAAAGCCACUAGUCUUCUCUAUGUCAGAAUGUACAGAUCCCCAAGACUAUUAUAAUCAGUAUCCUAAAACACAAUAGCCUUACAGUAUGUAAUCUGUAGUUGCGAUUUGAAAUAUCCAGUCAGUUAUAUUUUUCUUGUUUAAUUGGAUGUCAAAUCUACAGUCAGAUACCUUGAUUUUAAACCUCUACUUAACUGCCAGGUUAUGGUGUUAUAGGAUGUAAAAGGCACUGAAAGGAAAUAUUAUAAUUGUGUUAACAUUAUAAUAAGCAAUAUAUAUCAGAUGUACUACAUAAGUGAGGGAUGCAAGGGAUUGAACUGUAUAAUAGUUAAAUUGUACUUACAAGGAUUUUAAUAUAACUGUUAAAGACUGCAAGCUGUAACAUAAAAUCAAUUGCUGCUGCAGGUCUGUAUUUUAAUCAAGCAAAAGCCAAUAAUCUUGAGGGGAAGUGUGCUGUCACUUCUGUAAAUUUAUGCAAGAUUUUCUGCACUAAUAUUUGGUGUCCUUGUAUGUAUGUUGUUAAUCAGAGCUGCUGUGCACCAAAGCGCAGUUACUGUUUAUGAAACACUUUAUUUAUUGCAGGCUCCGAAUGAACUGUGGUUUACAAGUGACAUAAUCUUUUAGUUUUUCCUUUUUUUUAAACUUGUGGUCAAUAUUUCUAGCUAUCUUGUUCACUGGUUGUCUUUUUUUAUGUGCCCAAAGGAUUUUUUUUAUAUUGCAUAGGUAGUAGUCAAUAGCAGUAACUAUCAUAGACCUACAGUAGCCAUCAGUCAAAUGAGACAUUAAACAAAAGUGAUUUAAGAAAGGGAUAUUUUAUAGUAUACUAUAUAUUUGGUGAUUCGACUUGUGUCUCGAACAAUUGAUGUAAGCAAUGCUAUGUACUGUAUGAAUCCAAUGUUAUUUUUUUAUUGGAAAAGUUGCAAAUGACACGUAUCCAAACACAAACAAAUGUAUUAGAAAUUAAUGCAUCCAGUCAGAUUGAAGAAUAGGGAGAUUCUGAUUCACAAUGAAGAUGCUGAAUCUUUCAAUUGAUUUGUAAAUUCCUUCACACUGAAUUAUCAUUUGUGUUGUGUGAAUUGGCAAGUUGAUAAAAGUGUACGAAUUUAUCAUGUACAUCCUCAGUACACCUGUUGUGCUCCAUGUUGUCCAAUUUGUUUUCCAUUACUAAGGUAAGUUCAAUGUAUUUUGUAAACAUAGUAAUAAGUGCUCAAUUUCAGCAUUGGAUUUUUCACUUUCAGCUUCAAUUAUCAGGGCUCCUGAUGCAUUCUUCAGGUGAAAGAAAACUUAGCCUGUUACUGAAGUGACAUUGGUGCUGUGGUAAUUCUUACCAUUGUACAUAUCUGUGACAUAAGCAUUAAGCAGAAAAAUGGUAUACCAAUCAUGAACAUUGUGACAGUAUUAAACAAACAGAUUUAUCCCAGAAAAAAUCUAUAUAGGAAUGCUAAUUUAAUGUACUCAAAUCAGUAGUAGAUUUUGUAUUGAUGUUUACCAACAGAUUAUCCAAAUGAAAUUGAUAUUGUUUGAUAGAGUAUGUUCAGACUUAAACUAUAAGUGGUGCACUUUUUCCUAUCAUUCAUUUUUUUCCCCUAUCUUUCAUGCAUAUGGGCAACUAAAACUUGUCUGAAAUUUAUCCUGAAGACAGCCAUGUUCUUGUGACAUUUUUUAUUAAUAAUUCAACCUAAUGUAGACAAAUUAGUGCCAGUGAUCAAGGGUGAAUGAUAUUUUAACUUGGCAUGUCAUGCAAACAUUUUAGUUGUAUGUUUUAUUUCUCCUAAUAGCCAAAUUAAACAUAUUGCAUGCAGUAUAUGCAUGUGUUGCUCUGUUUUGUCAUUUCUCGACUAUUCCUAAGUUAAACUGGCUACUAUUUCUAACUUUGUUCAGUCAAAUUUGUCAAUAAAUACAGAGGAUGAAUAAAAGCCAAAAAUGAUUUUAAAAAA